AUGGUUAUGACCAAUUAUUUUGUACAAACCUUUUUUCCCAAUUUUUUUUAUUGCCUGUCUUUAUUUUGCGGACUUCUUUCCGUAUCUAUCUCCUCUAGGGCGUACAUUAUAUUCUCACAUUGUUCUUCUUUCUGUGGUCUUUUAUUCCUGUCUCCCCUUCUCCUUUUUAUUUCUGUCUCCCCUUCUCCUUUUUAUUGCUGUCUCCCCUUCUCCUUUUUAUUCCUGUCCCUCUUUUUAUUCCUGUCUCUCCUUCUCCUUUUUAUUGCUGUCUACCCUUCUCCUUUUUAUACCUGUCCCCAUUCUCCUUUUUAUUCCUGUCUAACCUUCUCCUUUUUAAUUCUGUCUCCCCUUCUCCUUUUUAUUCCAGUCCCCCUUCUCCUUUUUAUUCCUGUCUCCCCUUCUCCUUUUUAUUCCUGUCCCCCUUCUUCUUUUUAUUCCUGUCUACCCUUCUCCUUUUUAUUCCUGUCCCCCUACUCCUUUUUAUUCCUGUCUACCCUUCUCCUUUUUAUUCCUGUCUCCUCAUCUCCUUUUUAUUUCUGUCUCCCCUUCUCCUUUUUAUUCCUGUCCCCCUUCUCCUUUUUAUUUCUGUCUCCCCUUCUCCUUUUUAUUUCUGUCUCCCCUUCUUUUUAUUCCUGUCUACCCUUCUCCUUUUUAUUCCUGUCACCUCAUCUCCUUUUUAUUUCUGUCUCCCUUCUCCCUUUUUAUUCCUGUCUACCCUUCUCUUUUUUUAUUUCUGUCUCCUUCUCCUUUUUAUUUCUGUCUCCCCUUCUUUUUUAUUCCUGUCUACCCUUCUCCUUUUUAUUCCUGUCUAGCCUUCUCCUUUUUAUUCCUGUCUACCCUUCUCCUUUUUAUUCCUGUCCCCCUUCCCCUUUUUAUUACUGUCUAACCUUCUCCUUUUAUUACUGUCCCCUGUUCUCCUUUUUAUUCCUGUUCACCCUUCUCCUUUUUAUUCUGGUUCACCCUUCACCUAUGUAUUCUGUCUACCCUUCUCCUUUUUAUUCCUGUCCCCUUCCCUUUUUAUUACUGUCUACCCUUCUCCUUUUUAUUCCUGUCCCUGUUCUCCUUUUAUUCCUGUUCACCCCUUCUCCUUUUUAUUCCUGUCUCCUCAUCUCCUUUUUAUUUCUGUCUCCCCUUCUCCUUUUUAUUCCUCCUUCUCCUUUUUAUUCCUGUCUACCCUUUUCCUUUUUAUUCCUGUCCCCCUUCCCCUUUUUAUUACUGUCUACCCUUCUCCUUUUUAUUACUGUCCCCGUUCUCCUUUUUAUUCCUGUCUACACUUCUCCUUUUUAUUCCUGUCUACCCUUCACCUAUGUAUUCCUGUCUACCCUUCUCCUUUUUAUUCCUGUCCCCCUUCCCCUUUUUAUUACUGUCUACCCUUCUCCUUUUUAUUCCUGUCCCCGUUCUCCUUUUUAUUUCUGUCCCCCUUCUCCUUUUUAUUCCUGUCCCCCUUCUCCUUUUUAUUCCUGUCCCCUUCUCCUUUUAUUCCUGUCUACCCUUCUCCUUUUUUAUUCCUGUCCUUUUCCCCUUUUUAUUACUGUCUACCCUUCUCCUUUUUUAUUACUGUCCCUGUUCUCCUUUUUAUUCCUGUCUACUUCUCUUUUUUUAUUCCUGUCCCCUUCCCCUUUUUAUUACUGUCUACACUUCUCCUUUUUAUUCCUGUCCCCGUUCUCCUUUUUAUUCCUGUCUCCCCUUCUCCUUUUUAUUCCUAUCUACCUUCUCCUUUUUAUUCCUGUCCCCUUCCCCUUUUUUAUUACUGUCUACCCCUUCUCCUUUUUUUUAUUACUGUCUACCUUCCCUUUUUUAUUCCUGUCCCCCUUCUCCUUUUUUUAUUCCUGUCCCCCUUCCCCUUUUUAUUACUGUCUACCCUUCUCCUUUUUAUUUCUGUCUCCCCUUCUCCUUUUUAUUUCUGUCUCCCCUUCUUUUUAUUCCUGUCUACCCUUCUCCAUUUUAUUCCUGUCUAGCCUUCUCCUUUUUAUUCCUGUCUACCCUUCUCCUUUUUAUUCCUGUCCCCCUUCCCCUUUUUAUUACUGUCUAACCUUCUCCUUUUUAUUACUGUCCCCGUUCUCCUUUUUAUUCCUGUCUACCCUUCUCCUUUUUAUUCCUGUCUACCCUUCACCUAUGUAUUCCUGUCUACCCUUCUCCUUUUUAUUCCUGUCCCCCUUCCCCUUUUUAUUACUGUCUACCCUUCUCCUUUUUAUUCCUGUCCCCGUUCUCCUUUUUAUUCCUGUCUCCCCUUCUCCUUUUUAUUCCUAUCUACCCUUCUCCUUUUUAUUCCUGUCCCCUUUCCCCUUUUUAUUACUGUCUACCCUUCUCCUUUUUAUUACUGUCUACCCUUCCCCUUUUUAUUCCUGUCCCCCUUCUCCUUUUUAUUCCUGUCCCCCUUCCCCUUUUUAUUACUGUCUACCCUUCUCCUUUUUAUUUCUGUCUCCCCUUCUCCUUUUUAUUUCUGUCUCCCCUUCUUUUUAUUCCUGUCUACCCUUCUCCUUUUUAUUCCUGUCUAGCCUUCUCCUUUUUUUUAUUCCUGUCUCACCCUUCUCCUUUUUAUUCCUGUCCCCCUUCCCUUUUUUUAUUACUGUCUACCCUUCUCCUUUUUAUUACUGUCCCCGUUCUCCUUUUUAUUCCUGUCUACCCUUCUCCUUUUUUUUUAUUCCUGUCUACCCUUCACCUAUGUAUUCCUGUCUACCCUUCUCCUUUUUAUUCCUGUCCCCCUUCCCCUUUUUAUUACUGUCUACCCUUCUCCUUUUUAUUCCUGUCCCCGUUCUCCUUUUUAUUUCUGUCCCCCUUCUCCUUUUUAUUCCUGUCUACCCUUCUCCUUUUUAUUCCUGUCCCCCUUCUCCUUUUUAUUCCUGUCUACCCUUCUCCUUUUUAUUCCUGUCCCUUUUCCCCUUUUUAUUACUGUCUACCCUUCUCCUUUUUAUUACUGUCCCCGUUCUCCUUUUUAUUCCUGUCUACCCUUCUCUUUUUUAUUCCUGUCCCCCUUCCCCUUUUUAUUACUGUCUACACUUCUCCUUUUUAUUCCUGUCUCCCUUCCCCUUUUUAUUACUGUCUACCCUUCUCCUUUUUAUUACUGUCUACCCUUCUCCUUUUUAUUCCUGUCUACCCUUCUCCUUUUUAUUCCUGUCUACCCUUCUCCUUUUUAUUCUUGUCCCCCUUCUCCUUUUCAUUCCUGUCUCCCCAUCUCCUUUUUAUUUCUGUCUACCCUUCUCCUUUUUAUUCCUGUCCCCCUUCUCCUUUUUAUUUCUGUCUCCCCUUCUCCUUUUUAUUCCUGUCCCCCUUCUCCUUUUUAUUCCUGUCUACCCAUCUCCUUUUUAUUCCUGUCCCCGUUCUCCUUUUUAUUUCUGUCUCCCCUUCUCCUUUUUCUUCCCGUCUCCCCUUUCUCCUUUAUAUUCCUGUCUACCCUUCUCCUUUUUAUUCCUGUCUACUCUUCCUCUUUUUAUUUCUUGUGACCCGACGAAAAAAAGAUGUUAUAUCUAUCUAUCUAUCUAUCUAUCUAUCUAUCUAUCUAUCUAUCUAUCUAUCUAUCUCAACACAAUCUAUCUAUCUAUCUAUCUAUCUAUCUAUCUAUCUAUCUAUCUAUCUAUCUAUCUAUCUGUUUGUUCAUACGUACGUUAUAUAACACUAUCUAUCUGUUCCUUCCUUCCUUUCUUCCUUCCUUCCUUUUAUCUAUCUAUCUAUCUAUCUAUCUAG